AUGCAGCUGGUGGGGUUGGACAAACCAGAGCAAAAGGUAAUCUGGAACUCAAUCAAGGAUUUUGUGCGUGAGAAGAUGGACGCGUUGGGCUUGGGAGUCAAGGUAACGGUCAACGAUCGGACAAAGCUCAUUACCUGGGAGUCUAAGAACCAGACGCGGAAGCAGAAGGCCUGUCAAGAGCUCAAGAAGCAGUUUCCAUUCCUGCGCGGAUCAGUGAGUAAUUGGAUAUGUGAGUGGUUCUUUGCCAGACGUUCCUAUACCAAGCAUUCCGAAAUGCGAAGAACAGCCAGUUCGAAACAAUACAAGAUGGAAAUGCAGAAGGAGAAGCAGAAGCACCUGCGUCUGGCACGGGAGCAGGCUCAACGUGCGUCACAAUAUCAAGGCGAACGUCAUGAGGAACAGUGGAGAGCUCGGUCACGUCGCCCACAGUCACGUCGCACACCUGAGCAGGCCGGGCAUGGCGACCGCUCCUCCCUCUCCUCCCUCUCCUCCCUCUCCUCACACAUUGCCGACACUCCCCUCCGCAGUGCCGUCUCAAGCCGCCAAGACGGGAAUAAGUAA